UAGCCUCUUUCCAUGGACCCUUCCAUCCAGCCGUGAAAUUUCAACUUUGAAUAGAUUAAAGGAAGCUUUUUGUGCAUUUAAACUUUUCUUUUCUGUGGUUUGUGACUAAUGGGGAAUCUAAAGAAAGUGGACAAUAUGCAGUAACAUUUCUUUGCAAUGUUCGUGAUUUUUUUGUCCUUUAAACGAAGCUGAUAUUUCCGGUGGAUCCACUGCUGAAAAGUGAAAUUAGAGAUAUUCUGCUCGUCUUUCACCAGAGUUAGAUUUGAUAUCGUAGGGUUUAACUUUUAGUCCCGUGCUAUCUGGAUUCUAUUACCGGACUCUCAACGUUACAUGGAUUAUCUCCCGUCAAUUCACACAGAAUCCAACAUGAUUUCUAAAGGUGCUCUCUCGGCGAGUUUUCAAAGUUCAACUUCUUAAAAGUUUUUUAAGCAAAGCUUUACUGUGGAACUUCACUGAAUCCAAUAGGAUUUCCAAAAGUGCUUCUUAGGUGCUUGCAAGUAUUCACAUUUGGAGUUCGUAGGAACACCUAUUGGAGCUCAAACUCUGGUAUUGCAUUGAUGCAAUCUACAUUAUACUUUUGAUGUUCCGUUGUAUUCUGAUUCAACAAAAUUGUUGAAAAAAAGGGUAUUUUCGAAGCAUUUGCAAGUUUUCACAUUUGGAUCUCACAUUAGCAUGUGAGAUUUGGGAGGAACUCUCUGGUAUUAAAUUUAAAGAGUCAUGAUCCAUCGUAUUCUGAUUCAACAAAAGAACUUAUUGGAAAAGAAGUUUGAUUGCUGAAGUUGACGUUUCAACCGAUCAGAUCUCUUGCAUACGUGGCUAUUCUUAGUGGUUCUUUGUUCAGGCUACCAAGCUGAUCUUGCAGAAAUUCAGCUGAUUGUACAAAUUUUUUUGGCCUAAAUUUUGAACUUGUUAAAAGAGGACUGCAACCAAGUGACAUUUCACAAUGGAUAAAAAUUUUAUUCCCAAGUUAGUUAACGGGUAUCAGAGCCCCAUCAUGGCCGAAGCGCACGCUGCCGUCGGGUUUCAGUUCACUGUCACGCCCGAGGGAAUCGAUCUUAACGUCAAUCAUGAAGUACUCAAAGCUAUCUUUGAGAGCGGCAAACGAUCGUGGGCCGACAAGUUUAGGAGAUUUCAGAAUCACAUGGUGACAACGACCUAUCCAGCGAGUCCUGCUAGUUGGGUAGCCGUCUUGGUAGCGAUCAUCGCCUGUCUUGUAGCUAAAAUGGAUCCAUCGCUUGGUAUUAUUGAUUUCAUCAAAGACCAUUUACUUCCACUGAGUCUGUUGGGUGUCAUGGCAACCCGCUCCAUCUCCGUGCUCAUCUAUGUCACACUCCUAUGGCUCUUCAUAAUCUACAUGCUACGUUACAUACUCAAGCUGCUUCUCUCCUAUAGAGGUUUCAUGUACGAGGCGCAUGGGAAAAUGUCUUGGCAAACCAAGUUAUGGUUGGUGAGCCUGAGGGUGUUUUGUUCUAGACAUCCUAAGCUAUACAGCUACCAAGCUUCGUUACCAAACUUACCACUACCAAAGCUAACAGACACCAUGGAAAGGUAUUUGAGAUCAGUCAAAGGUUUCCUAAGCACGGAAGAGUACGCUGAAAUGGAGCGUCUCGCUGAAGAAUUUCAGUCGUCCAUCGGUGAUCGUCUCCAGCGAUAUCUGCAGCUGAAAUGGCUCUGGUCAACGAACUACGUCAGUGAUUGGUGGGAAGAAUAUGUCUACCUACGAGGGCGCUCUCCAAUCAUGGUCAAUAGCAACUAUUAUGGAAUGGAUGGCAUAGCUAUCAAGCCAACCUACCUUCAAGCCGCCCGGGCUGCUAAUUCCACUGUGGCUCUUCUUAAAUUCAGACGAGAGAUCGAUCACGAAGUUGUUAAACCAAUCAUGGUCCAGAAAGCCGUCCCUCUCUGCUCUCAACAAUAUGAAAGAACUUUCAAUACGACUAGAAUCCCAGGCUUAGAGACAGAUAGACUGAUCCAUCACAAAACGAGCAACCACAUUGUCGUCAUGUCUAGAGGGCGCUAUUACAAGCUUAUUAUCCAAUCAAAUGGAAGUAUCAUCAAACCAUGUGAACUGGAGAAGCAAUAUCAGCAGAUAUUGGAUGAUCCUGAGGAGCCCCAUGGUGAGCAGCGUUUAGCAGCACUCACUGCAGGAGAUAGAAUUCCCUGGGCCGCUGCGCGUCAACGAUUCUUCAUGUCCGGUGUGAACAAGUCUUCUCUUGCUGCCAUAGAAACGGCUGCGUUUGUUGUCGUCUUGGAUGAAGAGGAGCAUGAGUAUGAUGUCGAACCACUACGUGAGUUUCUCCAGAACCAAUCUAUACCAGCCUGGUUCAAGGGAGACCCUUUCGCACCAAAGGAUGAGGGUGACGGAAAGUUAGACAAGUAUGCGGCUUCACUUCUUCACGGCAACUGCUACAACCGCUGGUUCGACAAGUGCUUCAAUCUCAUCGUCUUUAAGAACGGUCAUAUGGGAGUCAACGCAGAACAUUCGCUGGCUGAUGCUCCGAUCUACAGUCACACGUUUGAGGAUGCUGUCGCAGAGGACAUCCUCUUCAUGGGUUACACUCCGGAGGGACACACUAAAGGAGAAUCAUCAAGAGUGCUGAAACCCCCUCAGAGACUACAAUGGGAGGUUCCAAAGGAGUUGGAAGACAUCAUAGAUACAAGCUACCAGGUCGCCAAGAAGCUUGUGGAUGAUGUUCAGAUUCACGUCCGUGUUCACAACAAGUUUGGUAAAGGUGCUAUGAAGAAGUGUAAAGUUAGUCCAGAUGCUUUCAUUCAGCUUGCUAUGCAACUUGCCUAUUACAGGGAUGCCAGUCGUUUCUGCCUGACAUACGAGUCAUCCAUGACCCGUCUAUACCGAGAAGGUCGUACGGAGACCGUCAGGUCAUGCACAGUAGAAUCAUGUGACUUUGUACGCACCAUGGAAGACCCUGAUAGCACAAAAGAGGAGAAGUUGGCCAAGUUUAGGAUUGCUGCUAACAAGCAUGUACAGAGCUACCGUGAUGCUAUGUGUGGCAAGGGAGUUGACAGGCAUCUCUUCUGUCUCUAUGUCGUCUCUAAAUAUCUGAACCUUGAUUCACCAUUCUUGAAGAAGGUUUUGAGUGAACCAUGGCGCCUAUCUACUAGUCAGACAGCACCCUCACAGUCAGGGAAAGUCAACGUCAACAAGAACCCAGGAUGCCUGUCAGCAGGAGGAGGUUUUGGACCGGUUGCUGAUGAUGGUUACGGCGUGUCUUACAUCAUCGCUGGAGAGAAUCUUAUCUUCUUUCAUGUUUCAUGCAAGAACACGGCAGGCAACACGAAUGCUAUACGCUUUGGAGAUAACAUCGAGAAAGCCCUGGCUGACAUCCUAGCCAUGUUUAACAAGGAUAACUAACUUCAUUCAAGUACAAACCAAGACCAGCACAAAAUUGUAUUAUUAUUCAUUCAGCAAAAACCCAAGUUCAGGAACAACCCUAGUCCAACCUCUGUACACUAGUACAAAAUAUCAUGUUGUUGUGUACUGUGCUAUGAAAGAAAGCCACUUCCCGUUUUAGACAAUAAUGCAUAAGCUACUUUUCAAUUCCAUCAUGUUAUGUAAUUUUGUUUUGGAAUGUUAUGCACAUAUAUCUUGGAGUAUAUACAGCAAAGAAAUAACUGAAUUUGAUUGAAUUAUUAGCAACCUCUAUAAUGCUCUCAUUUAAUAUGAAGCAGGAGUUAUAAUUUCCUAGAUGAUAUGGUGCUUAUACAGGAGUACCUGAAACAUUUGCAGGAUUUUAGUAAGAUAACCAAACUGAUGUUUUUUUUUUUAAACAGUUAUAGGAUUAUUGUAUUAAGAUUGGACUUAAGAAUCAAGGUAAUUAAAAUGUAUUAUAAACCAUUGACUCAGAUGAUAGUGUGUUUUAUGUACCUCUGUCUAUGAAUCUUGCCCUCUGAUUGGUUGACAAUGGAGCUGGGCAUUAGACUAUGUCUUGUGCAUUAGUCUAACAUACUAUCUACAUACAUCUAUACUAUAUAUGCAUGUAUUGCAUUGCCAUGAAAUAAACCAUAUAUUCACCACCUUUCACCGAAUUGCGAGCCUGUUUUGUGAAGGGACUUUUUUGGGUAUUUUAUCCUGCAAUAUCAUGCUAUUUUAUUCGAUGGUUACCAUAGCAACGAUGCUUUUCAGCAAAUCAAAAUCGAGGGCCAGUUGUCAGAUUUGAAAACAUGUCGGACGACAAAAUGUAGAUGAAAUGCUCUCUGGGUAAUACAUUUUUAGUGACGCAAUAUAAGCAUUUAUUGCCUCUGUGGUUAUAGUAUAUUUCCUUUGUGAUAUCAAGUUAGCACUAUGUACCUUGAGUUGUCCUGUGGUAUAUUGCAAAUUCUAGAUAUCUGUGGUCAAUAGUUUGAACUAUUCUAGAUCUCUGUGGUCAAUAGUUUAAACUAUUCUAGAUCUCUGUGGUCAAUAGUUUAAACAAUUCCCCCUCAGUGCUGUCAUAUCUUAUAUACUAUCCCAUGAAUAUAUUUUUGUGUUUUUACUAUCAUUGAAAUUGUUUUCAAAAUGUUCUAGGCUUUCCUGUGUCAUGCUGCAUAUUAUUUAUUGGUUAUUUUGUUAUUCUGAUGUUUAGUAACAUAGGCAAGUAGUAUGUCAGAAAGUAUUUUCUUUAUCAUUGCUUAGGCCUAUAUUUUUCUAUGUCCAUACCGUAUUAUUAAGUUUAUGUGAUACUUCUAUAUUUUUAUUUAGUGCAUUCUGAAAUAGAAAACUUUACACUUAUUAACACUUAAAGAUCUAUCCUGCAGUCUUGAACAUACAAAAAUAGUUACUGGUAGAAGCUAGUUAAUUUGAAUACCGGUACCCUCAUAUUUAACUUGAUAGAGGCAUUUUGAGCAAUACUUAUAGUACCUGUAAUAUAAAUAAUAUUUAGAUAUAAAAUGUGAAUCUGCAGAGUUGAAUGAGUACAUGUGCAUAAUGUUUUCGAUUUGAAUAGUUUGUAAAGCUUGACCCCCCUGUAAAGCAAACUUUUUUUUUUUAAAUGACGUUCUUAUAAAAAAAUGACAUAAAUACAUGUAUUAUUAUUAUUAAUAUACUGCACUUUUCCCAGAAUGGCCCAAAGCACUUACAAUAAGACAUAAAUGAAUAUGUACAUAUGUACACAAAUGUACAUAUGUACACAAAUGAAUAUGUACAUAAAUGAAUAUGAUAAUAAUAAUGAUAUCAAUAUUUUUAGCACAUUUGAUUAGACAUUUUGAUGUACUUUACAUCAAUCUCAUCAUGUAUUAUGUAUGAUCCGCUAUUCACAUGAUUGUAAGCAAAGUUUUGAAGUGUUUCAAAUUGAAGUGAUGAACGAAUGUUUUUUUUCUUCUUUCCCAAAAUGUUUCAUUUGAUAUUGUCAAGAUAUUAAAGUAAACUUCCCAAGAUGAGUUUACUAAUCAUGUUAUUAUUCAUUUACAUUGUUACCAAAUGCUAUUUGAUAUCAAACACGGUUUAUAUCUUUCCUUUUGGGAGAAGUACGUGUAUUUGAAAUACACUCUGUUUCAGAAAUAUUCUAGUUCUGCUGCAUGUUAUUUAUUCAAAUUUUGUUGUUGUUAAAUCCUCUUUUAUAUGGAGAUUAGAUUCAAAGAAAUAAAAACGUUUAAAGAGAGUGAUGCCAAAAGCACUCUUGUAUGAAUUAAGUGUUUGUGAACGGAUGUCCAUGUAGAAUAUUUUCUUGCCGUUAUUCUAUACUGGUAUGGUAUCGCUAUGUGUUGGCCUUACGCAAGGUGUGUGUUGAGGAAAAAAAUCAAUCGGCCUUGUGGAUGUCUUUUAUAGUGCUAUUAGGGGAUGCAACAGCACCCCCCC